GAGCUCGGAGGCGACCGCGUCUCAAGUUCACAGAUUGUUUCUGCUAGAUUGGAUUGAGGAUGAUGGAACGGAACUGAAACGUAAACGGGAUAUUUUGGAUAUCGUAUUUAAUGGAUUUCGAUGGAUCGGAUUCCUAAGCUGUAGCCAUUUAAAUGAUGGGAAUCAAGGCUUUGGAGUAAGAGGUCUCCACAUGAGAGAAUCUAACCUUAAACUACAUGUAAAUGUGUUAUGAAUAAAAUUCUAUGCAUUUUAAAGUAAAGUUCAGUAUCAAAAAUACAAUUUUUUACACUGUUGUGUAAAUUCCAAAGUUGAGAAUUUAAUAGUAUAAGAAGCAUCAAAAUAAUGUCUAAUCAUUCUUUGGUAUUGAAACCUACUUUUGUUCGAGCACCACUUGCUAAUGGAAUAGGCCGAUAUAUUGGUCAAUUACAACGAAUGACAAUUAAAUAUUGUAAAAGCCAUGGAUCCAGUCAUGGAAUAAGAACUUACUUAGAAAAUAAUCUGGUUGAUUUUGCUAAGAGCAAUCCCGGUGUCGUUGUUUAUGUUAAACCCCGAAGACACAGAACCCCUGUAAUUAUUGGUGAAUAUUUAAAUGGCGAGCGACAUUGGGUAUCCGUUUCCAAUUUUUCUAAAGAAGAGAUUAUUAAAUGGAUUGAGUUAUUGCGUACUCAAUCUAAAGAUGGAUCAGAAAUGAGAAUUCGGAAAAAGUUUUAUACAAAUUUUCCAUCCAUACAAAAACCUUGGACACCAUUUACUUUCAUGAAUCCGAUUCAAAAUCUAGUUCAAAUUCCAGAUCCAAAUAUUGUUCCUGAAAAUCAUAAGAAAUCCGCGAGUGAAGUACUUCUCGAACUUUAUGAAGCUGAAAAAUUAUCAGAAGCAACUAAGAUUUCUAAUUAGUUUUUUAUUAUGUUGAUGAUUGGUUUGUUUGUAAUAAAAUUAUUGUAUGAUCUAAUCUAGCAUAUAUAAACUUUGUAUGAAUAUUAAACUAAAUAAUAUAAAUA